AUCACUGUCACUCCCGCGUCCUGUUUCUACCCACCCUGUGUUAUCCGAGGUGAACACGCCAUAUCGACCCGUCUCCUCAGUGAACACUCGAUAAGCCAGACUGUACGUAUACCCUGGCGUCUCCCGCCCUGUAUGUACUGACUGGAUGAUCGACAGUUCACAGCUUGGAAAUAUGAUUUAAUUUCCUGUUUUCUUACACGCACACACUGUUUCGAUUACGGCGUGAUUCCAUUGCAUAUAAUUGUUAGUUUAAUUUGAGAUUUCAUGAUCAAUUAUCCUGCAAGAAUGACUAUUGUUACUAUAUCCUGGUUUCGUUGAUCACGGGUAUGAUAAAUACACACAACGGUUAGUGGUGUUAUUGCAGCUCCGCCGUUCUCUGUAAAUUUUGCCGCUUUUGAAUUUUAUCUGAUUAAUCUAAACGCCUAGUGUUAAAACACAGCUCGACGUGCACAGACCCGUUGUACGACUGCUGCCGCGCAGAAUUGUUGUGUAUUUCUCGCAAGGACUUGUACAUGUAUCGUCACUGUGUCUUCCAACAUCGUUGUAGACUAAGUCACGAGUCACAUAUGAAAUAUUAAUGAUGAAAUGAUGCGAAAUUCCAGCAUCAAUAAUCAAGCGUUUCAUGCUGGUGUUAUGAGUGAGGAGCUGGGAUCGAUGAUUGAUGCUGCGUGUGUACAGUGCAUGGCUGCUACGUAGACUAUUCCAAUGGACAAGCUGUUGCUACCCGGUCAAUGGGAAUGUUAAGACACACGGCAGGAAUGACGUAGCGAGCAACGUCACCAGCAGCGGUAUGAAACACAGGAACCCCCGCCACGUUGUAGACAGGAGCUAUAAAUAGUAAGGGAUAUAUCCCUGUCAUAUUCGACACCAUUCCACUCGACUAAUGUUAUUUGAAGUUGCAGUAUUUCAACUGCCUAUCAAAUCAAAUUACAAGGAUCCCUGUGUUUCCGAGAUAUCGUUCUACCUAUUUGGUGUUGUAAAUACUGCCUGUGCCGGAGAUGGGGGUUUCAAGGAUUACACCUGUGCACGUGGCUACCUGGGUGUUCAUUGUCACCGUUGUCAGCGGAGUUGAAAGCGAGAAGAAGUACUGUGACGUCAGGUUGUGGUAUCUGGACCUGGUGACAGAUGGACCUCUAGCUGGGCAGCUGUCAGAAGAAAGAGUUGUUCUCAAAGCAAAGAUCGAAAAAAUGAUGGAGAAAUACAAAGCUGUUGGACGAUCAGACGGCAAGGUGGAGUGUCGCAUACUUGCAUUGUACGAGGAAUUACUACGAGCAGACGACAAACCAACAGAAACACCUGGCGGGGAGAAAGAGAGUACCGAUUCCGUAGAUGAACCAGAAAAGGUCAAGGACAGAAAAGACAACGCGAGCCCUCAGCAAAAACAACAAACGGACUCAGAACAGAAGGAAACAGAUAAAGAUAAGCCUAGUUCUCUAGAAGAUGAUACCGAUCUUGAUGAAACAGAGUUUGGUGAUGAAACUGAGGGAGAAACUGAAGCACAAUCGGAUGCUGCUGCUUCCCCUUCAGGUACUGCCUCUGAGAGUGUACAGGAGCAGGAAACAGCCGGUAUUUCAAAACAAGAAACCAAGACUGGCCACAAACAGGAAGACGAGCCUGUCAAAUCCGAAGAGGAACCCAAGUCAGAUUCUAAGGUGGACGCAAGUCAAGAGACGACAAGUAGUUCCAGCAAGAAGACACGAAUGGUUGAGGAAUUUGUAUUUGAUCCUCUCCGGGGAUAUGUCAAAGUAAUGAAAGAAGUUGAUAUUGUUGACGAAGACGAAAAAGACAAGAAAAAAGGACCAGAAUCGGAUAAAUCUGUCAAAUCAGGUGCUGAAGCAACACCACCUAUCGAAACAAAGAAGACUCUACCCGAGACAGAGACACUAUCAAAAGAGAAGGAAAAUAUACAGGAAAAAGAUGUAACAGAAAAGAAGACUGUGAGCAAAGAACAAACAGUCAUACUGCAAACUUCAAAAGAAAAGACGAAAUCUGAACCGAAAGUACCCCAAACAUUGACAUCAUUACAAAGAAUACAAAAUGCUUGUUUAUACCGACAUAAAUGUGCAGUGUAUUGUUACUAUGGCUUUUCCAAUCGCAAGUGUCUUGAGCAUUAUCCGGAUAUAGAAUAUAAAGUAGUUCCAGAAAUCCAAACAGAACAUUUGAUACGUGAGACAAUUAGCGAGAGCUCCAAAGAUGAGACGGCUGGUGACAAUGCUAAAAAUAUGUUGUCAGUAACCGAAAUGUUAAAGAAAAAGGAAUUAAGCCAACAAGAAUCAAAGGUUGUUCCAGGAGCAAAUCUUGACAAACCAAAUUCCCCUGAACUUGGGUUGGGAAACAGUAAACCAACGGAAGUUGUCGACAUGGCUCAGACAAAAGAAAGUAGCAGCACAGAGACAAAUGAAGCAAAGACAAAAUCCGAGGAUAAAAAUGAUUCAACAAAGAAACAAAACCAAGACGGAGCAGAUGAAGGAUCUACAAGAUAUCCACAAGGGUUCCGGGACUUCACAGAGGAUCUGCAUAGGUUUGAGAGACAGUUUCAAGAACGAGCUUCAGAAUAUGCAAGUAAGAUCCAAAGUUUGGAGAUCAUGAUCAUGAAGCUGGAGAACCAGUUACUGGGUGAGACAAUCAACAAGCAGAAUGACAGCAACGUCUUGUCCAGGCUCGAGAAUCAGAUAUUGAGACUCGAGAACGACCUGUUGAAGCUUAACCACAACUAUGUCACUUUGAAAGAAGAAAACGACAUCAUAAAAGCUCGCCAAGGGAAAUAUCUCAAAUUGGGACAUGACAAAGGUGACCCAAACCAACCAUCUCUGACUGACAACAGCACGAAACAUUACGAGCUGAUCACACAACAGCAAAGCAAGAUAUCAGAGCUGUCGACCAUUUUGAAGAACCACUCCAUCCUGUUCAACCAGCUUCAGAGCAAAUCACAACAUCUUGAAGAACAGAAUCAGAUGUUGUAUCAAAUCGUCAUGAACCAAACAGCUCUCAUCUCUAGUAUCAUGAAGAAGAUGCAGGACUUGUCCGAGGAGAGUUUGAAGCACCGCCAUGAGACCCAGGAACUCAAGACUAAACUGGAGAUCAAAGCCAACUCAGACAGAAUCUUGGAGCGAUUGGACAAUCUUGUAUCUGGAACACCUGCCAUCUCGAAAAGCGUUGUAGACGAUGGUAAACCGGAAGAGAAGGUUAUUACAAAGACUCUACGAAGUUUCUUUCCCAAAUCCCCUGAUGCUAUAGUAGAGAAGCGUCCUUGGUCGUGUGGUGGUAUUAAUAGCUCUCGUUUUUGUGUGAUGUAUUCCUUAGUCGUAUCCCCAUGCCCACCGUUCUCGACUGUCUAUUGGGAGAAGUGUCCAUACUUUCUAAAAGACAUUUCGAAAAUUAAAACAAAUGGCGAAAGUAAAUCCUCUGAGGUCACUGCUUCUGAGCCUGACAACAAGGAAGAUGCCGAGGAAGGUUUUCAGACCAGCCAUCUUCCGGUCAACGAGGAGAAGGAAAGUAAGGAUGAUAUUUUAACGAAGGAAUCACAAAGUGAUGAAACCAAGACGGCUACUAAGGGCAGUGUAGGCGACAGCAGUUCACAUGAUACGCAGGAGAAGGAAUCUUCCAAGGCAGAGACUGAUUCAACAAAACAAACAAAUGAUGUCACUUCCCCACAACCUUCUGACCAAGCACCUGCUCCUGAACCAAGAAGUGAUGACGCCAAGAUGGCUGCUGCAGGUGGCAGCAGUUCAGAUACGCAGAAGGAAUCGUCUAAGGAUGAGGGGGAUUCAACGAAACAAACAAAUGAUGCCACAUCACCACCCGCUGCUGCUCCCGAGGAGAGGAAGAUUCUCUACCCACACGACGGAGACACACCGAAACCUCGAGACUGCUACGAGUACUACGAGGACGGCCACACCCGGAACGGCAUGUACAAGAUUCACCUGGUGGGUCUGGAGAAGAACCUCCCUGUGUACUGUGACAUGAGGGGCGGAGGUUGGACCAUCGUCCUCAAGCGCUCCAGCGGGGGCAUCGACUUCAACAGGGAGUGGUCUGACUACCAGAAGGGCUUCGGGGGUUUGUACGCAGACCACUGGAUUGGUAACGACAACCUCCACUACUUCACGAACCAGAAGAACUAUCGCCUGCGGGUGGACCUCAGCGACUUCCAUUGGGAGAGUCGGUACGCGGAAUACGACACCUUCUGGACAGACGACGAAGAUGAGGGAUACCGGCUCCACAUCGGAGGUUAUAGUGGCACCGCCGGGGACAGCUUCCUAAAGCACAACAACAUGAAGUUCAGCACCAAGGACGUCGACAACGACCUCGUCAACAAAGAGUUGAAAGCCUACGACCACAACUGCGCUAAACGGUUCCACAGUGGAUGGUGGUACUACAAAUGUUACAUGACUAAUCUCACCGGACGCUAUUACAAGAAGGGGGUAGUUCCUGACAAACAGUUUGAUGGUGUUUCGUGGAAAACGUGGAAAGGUCCAUCGGAGUCAUUAAAAGAAGCAGUGAUGAAGAUUAGACCUUUUGGAGUGACAGACUAGAGUUGUGUAGUGGUUAGUGUGCAAUAAACGAUUAUGUCGUGCAAAUGGAUCCCUCCUGGGUAUUUAAACGAAUAUCACCACACAGUCAUCUUGGCAUCAUAAAUGUACAUAUUCAAAGAAAAACUCAUCAUAUGACACAUUUUUAAAGCAAAUUCCAUGUGUUAUCUAAAAUGUGAUUCGAACAAAUAUCAGCUUUUCUUGCUGUAAUCCUUUGCUUGUUCGUCUGUUCCAUUCCAUUCUUCGUAAAAUCCGUUGAUUCUACGGACAAAAUGUCCAUUAUUUAUUCUAUAUGUUGUUAACUAUUCAUAACUCUAUUUCAUGUGAACAGUUUUUGUUACCAAGAAUUUGAUCUGCUGCCAGUCUAAAAAAACCUGUAUCACGUUCUCUAAAACAUCAACGAUGGGCAUUGAUACGAAUGUCAGUGUUUAAACUGUUUUGUAUAAGAUGAUAUUGUAACGUUUUCUUCAAAAUGUCUUGCAAACUAGGCAUUCAACUUCUUCUCUAGCUGCUUUGAAAUCCGGCGGGACGGAUGGCCCAGUCGUCUAGGGCACCGCUAAUUGAUGCGCAGAGUUGUGUCCCUUGGGCACGACAGAAACCCAUAAUAGUGGGUUCGAAUCCCGGUUCGCCCCGAAUAUGUUUCUAUGUUU